CGGCAAUCGUGCAGUGAAUGUGUGUAAAGGCGAGUUCUCGAGUGAUAAAAUUUUAACACACGGAGAAAAAUGAACACAGCUCCAGUGUCAUGUAUACCAGUGUCGAACAAGAUGUCUAAGGUGAAGAAAAUCCUCUCUGAGGCUCGGGAGAUCCAGAAUCGGGAGAUUGAUCUGGUGGAUCUCGGCAUUUCCACGCUUGAAGAGUGCCCGAGUCUCCUGAGCAUGACUUACAUCACGAGAUUGACGCUGAGCCACAAUAAAAUCCGCGAAUUGCCGCCAGGAUUGGCCAAUUUGACCAACUUGGAGAUCAUCAAUCUCUCCAACAACAACAUCAAGGAGUUGCCGCUCUCGCUGUCAUCGAUGCCUAAGCUCAGGAUCCUCAAUGUGUCCAUCAAUCGCCUGGACACGCUGCCGAGAGGCUUUGGCGCCUUCCCAGUCCUGGAAGUGCUGGACUUGUCCUACAACAACCUCAACGAGAACACUCUUCCGGGCAACUUCUUCAUGAUGGAGACUCUGAGAGCCCUUUAUCUCGGCGACAAUGACUUUGAGUAUCUGCCAAAGGAAGUUGGCAACCUGAAGAACCUCCAAAUCCUUGGACUGCGCGACAAUGAUCUCCUGGAAUUGCCACGAGAGAUCGGAGAGUUGACUCGCUUGCGAGAACUUCACAUCCAGAGCAACCGAUUGACUCUCUUGCCGCCGGAGAUUGCAAAACUGGAUUUGCUGGGCAACAAAUCCGUGCUGAAGAUGGAGGAAAAUCCCUGGGUUCCCCACAUAAACGAGCAAUAUCUGCUUGGCAUCAGUCAUGUGCUGGACUACAUUAAGUCAGAGGCGUACAGAAUACUCUACAAUCGCCACAUGGCGGCCGGAAGGAGUGGACUCACCGUUCCACCGAAGGCGGACAAGAGCAAGAAGGCCUCUCGUGCAAGAUCCUAAUCGGCAUAAACCCAGGAAAACCGCCCAGAACUCAUCGUAUUAACGAAAUAAUCCCGAAUUAGUGGCUUUAAAAGAGUGCCUAAUAUGAAAAAAGUGACACGAAUACACCGAAAUGUGGUCAAAAUCGCUUCUGUAAAUGUAUUAAUUUAUAAUUUUUUACUAAUGUUGAUAGAUUUUUAAUGAUUUUCGUGUACUAAAAAUAAAAAUCAGUGCUCUU